AUGGAACGCGCAUAUAUUGGCCCUCCCUCUUUAUCUGCUGCGUCCGCCGAGCCGCCCGCUGCACCGAACACCGAGCCGCAGGCCAUACACCGUGCAGGCCUACACGAUCUAUCAAUCUCCACUCUUGAUGCGUACCACCUCGUUAGUCAGUGUGGCAUUCAGCAUGGUGCACAGCCGCCUCCAGCAUUCCUCAAGUUCGUCCGCAUCACAGUCGCCGUCAUUGUCAUUCUAGGCUACGGCACUGACCUCCUCGCCACGAGGCGGGCGACGUACUUUCCACUGGUCGUGGCGACGUGUAUCGUCGCGAUCAUCGCGUCCACACUCUGCUACGUCCUAUCGCGCUGCCGCACGGGCUACUUGAACACGGACUCGACGAUUUCGGUGCUGAUGCUGUUCACGAUUAGCACCGGCAUCGUCGCGAUGCUGUACUCGUUGAUGGCGAUGCCGGCAGCGCUGACCGAUGCGUUCGAGAUGAUAACCAAUUUCCUCGUCACGCACCCCGACCAUUGUUUCCGUGGCGCCAUGGGCGAGCUCGAUGCCACGUACGGAGCCGUGUUCAUCGGAGCCUUCGUGUCCGCCGUAUUGUUCGGGGUGACCAAUUUGCAGGCGUUUAUUUACUUCCAAAGGUACUCGAGUGACGGAGUGUGGAGCAAGAUCGCUGUCUGCUGGCUUUGGCUUUUAGAUGCGGUUCACUUGAUAUUCGUCUCAUUGUAUGGACGUUCAAAAUGUAACUCGGAAUUUGCGCAGGCGAUCGUCGUGAUCUCGGUGCAUUCGCUAUACACCGCGCGGGCUAUCGAUGCGAUCUACCCAUCCAUGCUCUUGGUGCGCGCCACCGGGCUAGUCAGCAUGGCAGACAGCCACCUUUCAGCGUUCCUCAAGUUCCUCCGCGUCGCAGUCACCGUCAUCGUCAUUCUAGGCUACGGUAUGUGCUCGUCGUCGAUAUCGAGGUGA